AUGGGCAAGCACUCACACAAAUCUCGGGGUUCAAGCAGGAGCCACACCCAGGAUACCAGCUUCUUACUCACCCAGCCAUCCAGGCCUAAAAUGGCAGAUCUAAUGGCAGAUACACCAUGCGUAUCCACAUUGAGGUGGACGACCCAGAACCGGAGGAGCUUCAGCCACAACCCCGAAGUGGCAGAGUUGUUCCCCCAACAGCAGCCCGACCUGCAGUGGGCCACAAAAACAGACAUCACCGCGAUGGUGACGGAGAUCAAGGCCUACCUUGCAUCGGAAAUUGUGGUCCUGAAAACAGACCUCAGCACUCUGGCAGGCAGGAUGAACUUCACGGAGGAAACUGUCCACAGCCUCGGAGUCAAACAAGACCGCACAGCAGGUCAGCUACAUGAGCAUCCUUACGUAAUGUGA